AUGACAAAACCAAAAAUUUUAUUAGUUCUUUACGCUGGUGGUAAGCAUGCUGAAGAGGAGAAAAAGUUGUUGGGUACCAUUGAGAAUGAAUUGGGUAUUCGCAAGUUUGUUGAAGAGAAUGGAUAUGAUUUAGUCUCCACCACUGAUAAGGAUAGAGAAGGUUCGGAAUUUGAUAAGAAUUUGGAAGAUGCUGAAGUUGUUAUUACUACUCCCUUCUACCCAGCUUACUUGACCAAGGAAAGAAUUGCCAAGGCACCGAAAUUGAAAAUUGCCAUUACUGCUGGUGUUGGUUCUGACCAUGUCGAUUUGAACGCCGCCAAUGAAAAGAAGAUUUCAGUAUUGGAAGUUACAGGCUCAAAUGUACAAUCAGUUGCUGAACAUGUUGUCAUGUCAAUGCUCAUUUUGAUUAGAAACUACAACAUUGGUCACUUGCAAGCUACAUCUGGUGGUUGGGAUGUCGCUGCGGUUGCCAAGCAAGCAUACGACUUGGAAGGUAAAGUUGUUGCCACUGUUGGUGCUGGUAGAAUUGGUUAUCGUGUGUUGGAAAGAUUGGUGCCAUUCAAUGUCAAGAAGUUGUUGUAUUACGACUACCAACCAUUGCCAGUCGAGGCUGAAGAGAAAUUAAACAAGGCUUCCCAAUUAUACAAUGGUGUGGAUGUCAUUGUUGAAAGGGUUGAAAGUUUGGAGGACAUGGUAUCCCAAUCUGAUAUUGUCACUGUUAAUUGUCCAUUGCACGAACAAACAAGAGGAUUAUUUGACAAGUCUUUGAUUUCAAAGAUGAAGAAGGGAUCCUAUCUUGUCAACACAGCCAGAGGUGCAAUUUGUGAUGCCGAUGCUGUUGUAGAAGCUUUGGAGUCAGGCCAUAUUGCAGGUUACGCAGGUGAUGUUUGGAACGUUCAGCCAGCCCCAAAGGAUCAUCCUUGGAGAAAGAUGCACAACCCAUAUGGUCCAGAGUAUGGUAACGGUAUGACUCUCCAUGUUUCCGGUACUUCAUUGGAUGCUCAAGCUAGAUACGCUGCUGGAGUGAAACAGAUUUUGACUGAGUAUUUCAACAAGAGUUACAAUUACAGACCACAAGAUAUUAUCUGUAUUGAUGGUGAUUAUGCCACUAAAGCCUAUGGACAACGCGACAAAAAGUAG